AUAUCAUGUCAUGUAACUGAGGUAGAAGUCACACGCAGACAAAGACAAAGACAGGAAAGAGGAGAAGCAGAGAGGUUACAGAGAUUCCAGACCUGAGAAGACCCUGGGGUGACAUGGACAAACACGCUCUAAUAAUCGUCGUCGUCCUGUUGGCCGCCGUCGCGGCGGCAGAACCUGAGCCUGAGGCGGAAGCCGAACCUGGUUACGGUUACGGCACUCACGGCCACACCACCCACAGGGUUAGUUACGGCCACCCCACCUACAGCUACAGCCACGGCUACCCCUCCGUCAGCUACGGCCAUGCCGGCUAUGGCUACGGCCACGGCUAUGGAUCCUACGGCCAUGUGCACCAUCUCUACAAGCGUGAGGCUGAAGCUGAGCCCGGCUAUGGCCUUGGCCACAGAUCCAGCUACAGCGUUAGUUACGGCCACCCCACCUACAGCGUCAGCUACCCCUCAUACGGCUAUGGUCACAGCUAUGGAUACGGCUUCCCAUCCUACAGCCACAGUUCAUAUGGGUAUCGUCACGGCAUCCACAAACGCGAGGCUGACCCUGGAUACAUUAACAACUACCGUUACAGCUACGGCCUGCCCAGCUAUGGCUACCGCACCUACGGCUACAGAACUUACGGCCAUCCCAGCUACGGCUACUACCAUUAAGACGACGAACCAUUAAGUCAAUGCCAACUGCUGGUGUUCUGCAGCACUCUUUUCUUUCUAUACUUUGGUAUUAUCUUUUCUUGGUGAGUCUUGCACGGAUCUCGGCAGCAAACUGUAGCUCCAGUGGCCGUGCCUGGCUCCCCUUACAUUGUACUACUGGAAAUUUCAUAUUCAUUCUUAUUUUUCUAUAAAUAAACUGCAAUUCAUCA